AUGGAAUAUGGUGCCUUAGUGCACAAUUCUGCAUUUGGGAACUUGUCAGACUCUGCCACAGUUACAGAAGGAGAAUUCAUUGAUGAGCUUUUGGUUGAAGGUUGCUGGUUGGAAACAAGUGCUGGUGGAUCCUACAACUUCAUGCAACAACCAUGUGGUAGUGUUGUUGUGACGGAGGCUUCACAACAACACUACUUGGGAGCUUCAGAACAGUCCAAUCAGCAGCAGCAGCAGCAAAUGUUCCAACAAGAAUCAGAGGAAAGUUUUGUUGUAGGGAAGAGAUGGUGGAUUGGACCAAGUGCGAAUCCUGAGCCAUCUUCUUCUGUGAAAGAGAGAUUAGUGGUUGCUGUAGGGUACUUGAAAGAAUACACAAAGAACGCUAAUGUGUUGAUUCAGAUAUGGGUGCCCUUAAGGAGAGGACUUGAUCAGUAUCAUAGAAAUGUUUCCAAUCCAGAUGAGGGUGUUUCAGUUGGUUUUCCUAUGAGUCCUAAUGCUAACCCAAACCCCAAUGUUUACGUUCGCUUCUUUAGAAGCAACGUGUACCCGCGUGUUCAUGAUGGUCGUGGAUCUUUGGCUCUUCCUGUAUUCGAAAGAGGUAGUGGAACUUGCCUUGGUGUCUUCGAGUUUGUAAUGACCAACCAAAGCAUCAUCAACUACCGCCCACAACUUGAGAAUGUCUGCAAUGCUCUCGAGGCUGUUGAUUUUAGGAGUUGUCAAAACUUCAUUCCACCUGCUGUAAAGGUAUUUGACGAGUUGUACCAAGCAGCACUGAAUGAGAUAGUGGAGGUGUUAACAUCUGUGUGCAAAACACACAAUUUGCCUUUAGCUCUGACUUGGGCUCCUUGUAUACAACAAGGAAAGUGUGGCUGUGGUCAUUCAACUGAGAAUUAUGUGUGUUGUGUGUCCACUGUGGAUUCAGCAUGUUUUGUUGGGGAUCUUGACAUAUUGGGAUUCCAAGAAGCAUGCUCUGAGUAUCACCUUUUCCGAGGUCAAGGAAUAGUUGGAACAGCUUUCACAACCACCAAACCUUGUUUUGCUAUUGACAUAACUGCGUUUAGCAAAGCUGAAUAUCCUCUUUCUCACCAUGCAAAGAUGUUUGGGUUGCAUGCUGCUGUGGCUAUUCCUCUUAGGAGUGUCUACACUGGAUCAGCUGAUUUUGUGUUGGAGUUUUUCCUACCAAAGGAUUGUCAUGACACUGAAGAACAGAAGCAUAUGCUCAACUCAUUAUCCAUGUUGGUUCAACAAGCUUGCCGUAGCUUGCAUGUUGUCAUGGAAGAUGAAUUCACGUUACCACAAGCACCACCACCACCACCACACAAUAAUAAAGAAGAAAUUAAUACUCAUCGUGCUUCACAAUCACAAGUUGAACCAUGUUCAAAAGAAUCAUCAUGGAUUGCACAUAUGAUGGAGGCACAAGAACAACAGAAGGGGAAAGGUGUGUCUGUGUCAUUGGAAUAUUUGGAAGAGCCAAAAGAGGAAUUUAAAGUAACAACAAACUGGGAUAGCACUGAUCAGGAUCAGGAUCAGGAGCAUGUGCAAGCGCAGGUGUUUUCAGAUUUUGGACAAUUUGAGCAAAGUUCAGUGUCCAGAUACAGAACAAGUGUAGAGGGUGGGGAAGAAUCUUAUACAUUCGGUGGACGCCGUUCAUCUUCUGGUGGCAGAAAGUCAGGUGAGAAGAGAAGAACCAAAGCAGAGAAGACUAUUAGUUUACCAGUUCUUAGACAAUACUUUGCAGGAAGCCUAAAAGAUGCUGCAAAGAGCAUUGGUGUAUGUCCCACAACUCUCAAAAGGAUAUGCAGACAACAUGGGAUAACUAGGUGGCCUUCAAGGAAAAUCAAGAAAGUAGGCCACUCUUUGAAGAAACUUCAACUUGUGAUUGAUUCAGUCCAGGGUGCUGAGGGUGCCAUUCAAAUUGGUUCCUUUUAUACCAGUUUUCCAGAGUUGAGUUCUGCUGAUGCUUCUACCUUUAGGCAUACUGAUUCAUCUAAGAAAAUGCAUACUUAUACUGAUAAUGUCUUGUAUGGGCAUGGAGAUGGAGUUACUAGUUUAAAAUCCCCACCCUCUUCUUGCAGUCAGAAUUUUGGUCCAACCAUAAACCAACCUUCCACUCUAAUCAACACUGUAUCUGUAUCUAAUAAUGGGGAUGUUCUAAUGACAGAAAGCACUGUUCCUGAUGCAUUGCUAAGGAGAACUCAUAGUGAAGCUGAGUUGCAUGUAUCAAUACAAGAGGAUACAAAACACUUCACAAUACCCAAGAGCCAAACUCUACCUCCCUUGUCUGAAAGUAGUGGCUGGAACUCUCGAGAAAGGGGUGCUUUUAGAGUCAAAGCUACUUUUGCUGAUGAAAAAAUCCGUUUUAGCUUGCAACCCAUUUGGGGCUUCAGAGAUUUGCAGCUUGAGAUCGCAAGACGUUUCAAUCUUAACGAUGUAAGCAACAUAGUCCUCAAGUAUUUGGAUGAUGAAGGGGAGUGGGUUGUUUUAGCAUGUGAUGCUGAUCUUGAGGAGUGUAAAGACUUACAUAGAUCAUCACAGAGCCGCACAAUUAGACUCUCCUUAUUUCAAGCUUCACCUUUGAAUCUAGCAAAUACUUUUGGUAAUAAUAGCCCAUCCUAA